CUUAUGAAGCCUCUAGUGCAACAUCUUGACUCUCAGACUUGUAUAGCUGUUGCAGAGCGCAUUGGUUGCACCCUAAAAGGUGGUUCAAAUGAGUUUUCAACAUACCCUGGUGUUGCAGCCGGUGGGUUUCCAUGGCAACAGCAACAAACGCGGUUGCUGGUUUGCUUGUCGGGAACGUCUGAACCGUCAGACAUGAACUGCAUUUAAAAUGUAGCCGUGUUAAGGAGUUAUUACGAGCUUGUACUUGGGUUAGCUAACCAACUGGUCCGCUACAUUGACCCGAAAACGUAACCAAAGCCAAACUGAUUAAGGCGUCUGACAUGGAUGAAGAUGCAAUCUUGUCAGAUGUAGAGGGAGAAGAGGAAGCGCACCAAGAAGAAGUUGGAGGGGACGAGAAGGUACAGGUUUGCCAGCUGACCCAAGAAACCAUAGGUCAGGGGCUGUCAUUACUGUGUCGAACAGGAAAUGGACUUGGACAUGCGUUUAUCAAACUGGACUUAAAAGACAAAGGACUGACUGACAUAGCUGCAAUCAGCAGUUAUAUUCACAUACGUUUUUUGGAUCUGUCCAGCAACCACCUUAGUGAUCUUUCUCCUCUGGCAUCUCUGACUCAGCUGCUCUGGCUUAAGGUUGACAAUAAUGCUGUGGCAUGCUUCAAAGGGCAACCUUUUGCUCAGCUGACCUACCUGCAGUGGCUGAGUGUAGCAGUGAACCAGCUAACAGACCUAGAUGGCCUGGUCGGGCCUGCCUUGGAGAGUCUCAGUCUUACAGGUAACAGUAUUCAGAGAGUGAGCGGUCUUCAGAGUGGCUGUUUUGCCAACCUGGUAACUUUAGAGCUGAGGGGAAACCACUUGGAUACAACCAAUGGCAUCAACCUCCCCAACCUGCAGCGGUUGUAUCUGGCACAGAAUGUAAUCAAACAUCUGGAGGGUUUAGAGAGGUUAGAGCGUCUCACCACCCUUCACCUUCGAGACAACCAACUAAAUACUUUGGAUGGCCUCAGCCCCAACAUGAAGUGUCUCCAAUACCUCAACGUUAGAGGCAAUGACUUGGAUAAGAAUGCCCUGCAAUGCCUUAGGCUUGUGUCGAAAACUCUGCAGGUUUUGGUCAUAUCUGAGAAUCCUCUUGUGGAAUCGACAGACUAUAGGCUGAGUGUACUGGUUGUCCUGCCACAACUGGAGCGACUUGACAAAGAUACUGUCUCCCCUGAUGAGAGGGCUGAGGCCCAAGAGAGAAUCAAGGAACUCAGAGAGGAGGAAAUAUCCGACCCAUGAGAUUUGUAAUGAUGGUCAAAAUGAGGAAGUGUUUGACUUCCUUGAAAACACAGGCCUGUUGUUUAUAGGUGGACGGCUGUGAUUGCAAUAUAUAAAAAGUAAUGUCUGAGAUGUAUGAUAGGCUUUGUGUCAUAUGUAAAUUGUACAUUGCGGUUGCUUGUGACAUGUUCUUACACUAACUAUUAAAGCCACUGUAUUUUUUCAACGUUAAAA